UUAAUUCACUGUUAAGACUGUUUAACAUAUCUCUAAUUCAGGUUUAUUAUGGCGAUUACACUGCGGGCAAUUUGAAUGAUCGUCCUUUCAUUUUGUCAAAAUGGAUCCAUUUGACUCUGUAGUUCGCAUGUCUGCAUUAAACGGCUCUGAUCCGGAACUUAGUCGCUGCUUAAAAAGUUUGACUUAUGACGACGACCUGAAAAAGCAUCUGGAUUUCAAAGUUAAAGCUACUUUCUGUGACCCGAAGUUAGAGGUCAAAGUAGCUAAGAUGUGUGAUAUUGAACCCGAAGCAAAUAUGAAUGAACAAAUGGUUAUAAAACGUGAACAUUCGCCGAAUGAAAUAUUCAGACCCAGCGUCAAUGGUACGAGCGCAAAAACGGAUCGGUUUUUCGAUGUUCGCCAAAAGCCAAAUUUUGAUGAUGCCAAAGAAAACAAUCGUGUUUAUAUUCGCAAUCAAUCAAUUUUCCUGACUGCAGUUUUGUGUGCAAUAUUUUUGUAUAUAUUUAGCCUGACACUAUUCUUCCUACUCCUAGCAUUUUUCAGUGUAUAUUUCGAGAUAGGAGCGGCUCUGUUUCUAAAUGUAAUGAUGCUAUUCUUUCCCCUGACUGCUGUAGUUUUCAACUGGAGUUGUUUUGUAGUCUACUCUACUUUUUACUGUUCGCUCACCUGUUGUGUUCUUAUAGCAUGUGCUUAUGUUCAGUUCUUUGCAACUGGUGUAUAUGAAAAGCUAAAGAAUGCGACGUGUUUGUUCAUAGCGUGCAAUUAGUCAUUCUUAAAGUUAAAAUUUGUCCAUUUUUGGUCAUACUUUUCCGAGUCAAUGAAGUUUUUUUUAUAUUCAAAUUAUAGCAAGAAUGAAUGUGCAAUGCAACUGCUAAAUUUGGUGCUUUUAUGUUAUUGUGUCACUAUUUGAAAAUUCCAAACUAUAUUCCUACUAGAAACCAAGUUAAAUUCCUUUAGAAUUUUUCGAUUUUUCUACAAACCAGAUCUGCAAUGGCCGAUUCGAAGACGCUCGACGUAUGGGAUCUCACAGCAAUUCUCGGCUACUUCGCCGCCGUUCUGAUCGUCUCAAUUGCGAGUAUGUUCCGAUCCAAUCGGGGCACGAAGGAGGGAUACUUUCUGGCGGGAAGAUUCAUGACGUGGCUUCCGGUGGGUGCGUCACUGUUCGCCAGUAAUAUUGGCAGCGAACACUUCAUCGGACUUGCUGGUUCCGGAGCUGCCAGUGGAUUAGGAGUCGGAGCUUUUGAGUUGAACGCCUGUCUGCUUCUGCAACUUCUCGGAUGGGUGUUUCUGCCCGUGUUCAUCGCCAGCAGGGUGUGCACUCUGCCCGAGUACAUGAGCAAGCGGUUCGGAGGCACCCGAAUUCAAAUCUAUCUGGCCUCUCUCUCCCUCAUACUCUACAUAUUCACCAAGAUAUCUGUCAAUCUCUACUCGGGCGCACUCUUCAUUCAAGUCGCAGUGGGAUGGAACAUAUGGACAUCAAUUGCCCCUCUUCUGAUAGUUGCAGCCUUCAUUACAGUCACUGGGGGCCUGGCUGCUGUCAUCUACACAGAUACCUUGCAGUGCUUCCUCAUGGUUAUUGGAGGCAUUGUCGUCAUGGCCAAAGCGUUUUACGAAGUCGGCGGAUGGUCAGGAUUGUAUGACAAAUGGUUCGACUCGUACUCGGCAGCCUCAAUUGCUGCUGUCUCUGGAACAGCCAAUGAGACCUUACUUUGUAACCAGCCCUCGGAGAAAGGCUUCAUUAUGCUCAGAGCCCUGGACGACCCGGACAUGCCUUGGUUAGGGUUCCUUUUGGGUCAGACGCCGGCUUCAAUUUGGUACUGGUGUGCGGAUCAGAUGAUGGUCCAAAGAGCCCUGGCGAGCAAAAAUCUCUCCCAUGCACAAGGUGCAACCCUGUUCGCGGGAGUGAUCAAAUUCUCGCCUCUCUUCUUGUUGGUAAUUCCGGGCAUGAUCAGUCGUGUCCUGUUCCCGAAUGAAGUGGCUUGUGCUACUCGAGACGAGUGCAUGGCCGCUUGUGGCAGUCCUGUGUCAUGUACCAAUAUUGCAUAUCCGAAACUCGUCAUGGAACUAAUGCCCUCAGGCCUGCGGGGUGCUAUGUUGGCCGUCAUGCUUGCCGCUCUCAUGUCUGACUUGACUUCUAUCUUCAACAGUGCUUCGUCUCUUUUCACCAUCGACAUAUACGGCAAGAUCAAAAUGGCAGUAUGUAAAAGGAAGAGCCAAGAGAGUGUGUAUGUUGACACGCAUAAUGGAACACAAGCAUCGGGAGGAUCUAACAGACGUCUGCAGAUGAAAGAGAAGUCGGUUAUGUCAAAUAUUGAGAUGAUGGUUGUCGGAAGAGUAUUUGUGCUAGUCAUGGUGGCUGUGAGUGUUGCGUGGGUGCCUAUGAUUCAGAACAUGCAGGGGGGCCAGUUAUACGUCUACAUACAGAGCAUAGCAGCCGAUCUCUCCCCACCAGUAGCCGCAGUCUACCUUGUUGCCAUUUUCUGGAGGAGGGCAAAUGAACAAGGUGCUUUCUACGGUCUGAUGGGUGGCUUCGUAGUUGGACUCAGCCGGAUGGUUCUGGACAUGAUCUACAGGUCUCCCAGUUGUGGAGAGGAAGACACUCGUCCGGAGUGGAUUGUCAAGUUCCAGUACAUGUACUUUGCCAUGUUCCUCUUCAUCUUCACCAUUCUGGUCAUCGUCGUUGUCAGUAUCCUCACUGAACCCACGCCCGAGAACAAAAUAAUCCGGACGACGUACUGGACGAGGCUGGACACAGGACCUAGAUUUGAUGAAGAUCCAGUGGGAAACUUGAACAAGAUAGAGCUGUCCAGAAGGGAGUCUGUGAGCGUAGACCCGGCAGAGAUGGCAGAUGAAGAAAUGGGCCAAAAAGUUACAAACAACUCGUCACAAUUCAUGGAUAAUGGUGCCCAAGUCGUACACCAAAAUGGGUUCAAGAAGCCAUCAAACGAGGACCGCGAAGUGAACAAGGCGAAGAAACUUUGCAUGUUUAUUCUGGGAAUAGACUACAAAGAAGCUUCAAGCACAACCACUGCCUCCGAUCGUCUCAAAAACCAGAAGACGGCUGAACAGAUUAAAGCCAUCAACACCGCUGAACAAAAACCGCGUGAUAAAAUCAUCCUGAACGUGCUACUCGUCGUCAUAGUCGGGGUUGCAGUGGCUCUUUACUUAUUUUUCAGUGUCGGAACCCGAUAUCUGUACCCCCCACCUUCGUCUUCGGGGACAACGCAAUAGCGCAAUGCUUUUUCUUUUCUCGUCGCAAGACUCUUUUCUAGCGACUGUCGGAAACCAGCCAAUACCGAGUUUCUCACUGGAUAAGCAGAAUUUAUUUCUGCUGUGGAAACAGUUGAUAAAGCGUACUUAUUUUGUGGUCUCGGUAUGGCAAGUGGACUAAACUUUCCAGAAAAGUUUUCUAGCAAAUUCAGCGUGUUCGGACAUUUUUUGAUGCAGUUACUGGG